GGAUCCCAGGCAUCAGUUUUAAUUAAUAAGUUUUACGACGUUUUAAACCAAGAAGGAUUAAACACAAGUGUGAAAAAAUUCUCGGUUUAAAUAAAUUGGGAAACCCCAUUGGAGCAAGUUUUAUCAAUUUAAGCCAAUAUUAACCAAUCAGAAUGUAGAAACGUGUCAUUAGAAAAUUAUGAACGUCAACCAGUUUUAUUUUGAAGAAAAUAAGCCGCGAAGGUAUUAUUCUCGAUACUUUAUUUUGAAUAAGUGCAACACUUUUCUGAUAAUAAAAUGAAAAUAGUACUAGUUCUAGUAACACUCUUCUGUUAUCACACAGGUGAAGCACAAAAAAUUGAUGCUCAAGAGUUGAGGUGUUUAGUAUGUAAAACUAGUUUAGAUGAAUUACACAAAGCAGUGAAUAAAAUCGAUCCAACUAAAACCGUCGACGUUGGAGGUUAUAGGCUUGAUUCAGAUGGCAAUUACAGACACAAAUCUGUUUCUCAAGCCAAAUCUGAGGUUCAUUUAUCCGAAAUGAUUGAAGAUAUUUGUACGAAAAUGGACGAUUAUGUGAGGGCUACGUGGAAAUCAAACGGAACAUUGACUUUGUUGAAACUGAUUACUGAGGAUGGGAAAAUGAACAAUGACAUGUCUGAAGUGAAUUUAGUCCAAGAUGAUGAUUUAAACAAGAGUUUGAAAUACUAUUGUGAGGGCAUUAUGGAAGAAUUGGAAGAAAAUAUUAUUAAACACUUCCAAAGCGACACUAAGGAUAUUCACAAAAAGGUAUGUGUUGAAGAAUCGGCAAUUUGUGGGAAAAAAGUUAAUGAAGAAUUGUGAUUAUUGUUAUUAUCCGUUACUUAAAUCUUCCAUGUUAACAUAUUUAUUAUUUUAAUAAAAAAUAAA